AUGGAACCGACCUAUGAUGCACCGCAUCAUAUCGCAAUCAUACACGACGAUGUAUGGAGACACUACAACAAUAUCGAGGUCGUAAAAAAUCAAGGACGAGAUCAUCUUGGCGUGUCGUUCAGGUGCCGUCUUGAGAAACGCAGCCUUUGCGCGAAAUCCCUCGUGGUCGUGAAACAAGAGCCAAUGGACCUCUCGCACCAGAUGAGAUUUCUUAAAACACCGACGCAUGAUAACAUAGCAAAAUUGUAUGCUGCAUUCUGGAAUGGCUCAAUACUUUCCUUGAUAUAUGAGGAUAUGGAGAUCUCGUUGCAAGAAUCGCUAAGCAUUGACAUGAACAUUUGGAUAGUCGAACACUGGGAGCAGUAUAGUCAGACUGGAUCCAUUCUUAAGCAGAUUGUUAUGGCACUACAGUACCUACAUACGCAUGAAAAAUGUGCCCAUGGAGACAUACAGCCAGCUAACGUCCUGCUUGAUCUUCGGGGCUGCAUUAAGAUUGGUGAGCAAUAA